CGACAUGACCUAACUAAUGUUUGCUUUCACUGUGUCCUUUGACUGAAACUCAAAAAAUACUUCUCUCUCCGUCUCCGACGAUGGCUUCCGGUGACCAGAGCAAGAAGAGAAAGCAGCGUUAUCUCCCUCAAAAUAGACCAGCGAAGAAGAAGGGUGCUUAUCCUUUGAAGCCAGGGGUACAAGGUUUUUUCAUCUCCUGCGAUGGUGGACGCGAAUUCCAAGCUUCUCAGGAAGCUCUUAACGUCAUAGAUUCCUUUUUUGAGGAGUUAGUGCAUGGGACUGGCUUGAAAGUAAAUUCUUCUGGGUUUCUUGAGAAACCAAUCAACAAAAAGGUUACAUUUUCCUAUAGCGAGGAUGAGGAUGAGGAUGAAGAGGAAGGUAAUAAUGGCGAGGAAGAGGAAAACAAAGGGGAUGGGAAUUUGACGGAAGUGAGUGAAAGCGGUAAUAAUCAAGUGAAUGAGAAAGAAUUAGCAGCAAGCGAAGGGUCAUGUGAGGUCAAACAAUUGGCAGAAAAUGAGACUGAAAAGAACGAAGAAGAUGAAGGGAAACAGAAGAACGAAGAAGAUGAAGGGAAACAGAAGAACGAAGAAGAUGAAGGGAAACAGAAGAACGAAGACGAUGAAGGGAAACAGAAGAACGAAGAAGAUGAAGGGAAACAGAAGAACGGUGUCGAUGAACCUCCAAGAAAGAAGGCUUGUAUGGAAGAAGCAAAUGCAUCAACAAAAGUAAACGAGAAUGCAGAGAUGUCAAUUGAUAAGCUGAUUGAUGCUGAACUAAAAGAGCUCGGAGACAAGAGUAAGAGACGAUUUAUGAAGCUAGAUCCGGGUUGCAACGGUAUUGCCUUCAUCCAAAUGAAAAGGAGAGAUGGUGACCCAAGUCCCAAAGAUAUUGCACAGCAUGCAAUGACUUCUGCUGCUGCAACAAAAAAACAUAUGUCAAGGUUCAUCCUAAGACUUGUACCAAUUGAAGUGUCAUGUUAUCCUUCAGAGGAAGAAAUUUCAAGAGCCAUUAAGCCUCUUGUAGAACAGUAUUUUCCCAUUGAGACUGAUAAUCCCCGCAAGUUUGCUGUGUUGUAUGGAGCCCGUGCAAACACAGGGCUUGAUAGGAUGAAAAUAAUAAACACAGUGGCAAAAUCUAUUCCUGCUCCUCACAAAGUUGAUUUGAGCAAUCCGGAGAUGUCAAUCGUAGUGGAAAUUGUCAAGACUGUAUGCUUAAUUGGGGUGGUAGAGAAGUACAAGGAGCUGGCAAAGUACAAUCUCAGGCAGCUCACGUCAACCAAGUGACACAAUCUCACUUUCUUCUAUGUUUUUUUUCUUCUGAAGACUAAGAUGCGUUGUCUUUACUGGUUGUUCAAGAUUUCUGGCUUAAUGUAUUAAAAUGGUCGAAGUUGGUCUUUAGAUCCUAUUUUCCUGAUCAAUAAAGUUUUUUUCUUUGA